GAAAUAAAACGUAGAAUUACUAUCUCGCUGAUUUACCACAUACACACCGGGUGGUCUAUUUAUAGUCAUUUGUCUGUCGACGCGCGUGAGUGUGUAGACCUCUACUGUUGAUCGAAGACGGUGUAUUGUGUGCAUGUCAGAGUGCUCUAUGCCCCGUGCGCUCCAGAACCUUUACCGACAGACGAACGUGGGCUGCUCUGCUCAGCUGGAUCUUGUGUUUGCGUAGACUGCUCCACUGCGCUCUGAGCAGAGAAAGUGCAGGUAAUUCUGCUGCAAUUAUAAGCACAGGCUGAGCACACCACGACCUGCCUUGUCUUUGAUCUCUGGAAAGGCGAUGGAUUUUCAUGAAAAUAAAGCAGAGGGAGACGACCACACUAGACUGGUAUGUCAGGAGCAGUACGGCUCUGCGCAGAGGAAGAACAACUUUGUACUUGACGAGACUGACCAGAAGCUCCACAAAGUCGACAAGUCUGCGAACUAUAGCUCAGUGAAGCAGGUGUUUAGUAACAUAUUUCUUCCUCAAGGAUAUCCUGACAGUGUUAGUGAUGACUACCUCACCUACCAGAUAUGGGACACGGUGCAGGCGUUUGCCAGUAGCAUUACAGGGACUCUGGCGGCCUAUGCUGUUCUCAAAGGUGUGGGUGUUGGUGACGAAACGGCCACUGUGCUGGGUGCUACCAUGACAUGGUUACUGAAAGAUGGUGCUGGCAUGAUGGGGAGAAUACUUUUUGCUUGGAUGAAAGGGACUGGUCUGGAUUGUGAUGCAAAGAGAUGGAGGUUAUUUGCUGACUUCCUGAACGACUUGGCUUUUUUCCUGGACAUCCUGGCCCCAACUUUCGGAAAUUAUUUCACCUUCGUAGUUUGUGUCUCUGGCGUUUUUAGGAGCAUUGUGGGUGUUGCGGGCGGGGCAACGCGAGCAGCACUGACCCAGCACCAGGCGCGGAGGAACAAUAUGGCUGACGUCUCAGCAAAGGACGGUAGCCAGGAGACGCUGGUCAACCUGAUAGCCUUGCUGUGCAAUCUGGUGCUGGUUCCUCUGGUCAGCGGCCAGCAGUAUUUGGUGUGGCCGCUGUACGUAGUCUUCACGUUCCUGCAUAUUUUCGCCAACUACAAGGCUGUGGCCGCGGUGCGCAUGGAGACCAUAAAUCAGACCCGGCUCUACUUCAUCACGCGGUGGUACCUGGAGAAGGAGGAGGUGCUGGAUGUGAAGACGGUCAACCAACUAGAGCCUGUGAUCUUCCCAAUCAGGAGAACUAUGAAUAUCAACCUGGGUGUUUCGUUUUCUGAAAUCACACAGAGUGGAGUAUCAUUCGCAGUUCUGAGAGACGUGUAUGAGAGGAGCAUGACGGAAUACAUUCUUGGAGUGGAUUUCAAGAGAAGAGAAAUCAACAUCGUUUUGUCCCAGUCUUCAGACACGCUGGAUCAACUUCAGGCGUGUUUCCAUGCGGAGCUCAUCAACUUCAUUGUGGAGAAAGUUCAGAAGGGAGAGGAACUCACUUCAAAACUGCAAAAGUUAGGCAAGCUGGUGGAAGAAUCCUUACAUUCUGAGUCUGAAAACCAAGCCCUGUUCCAGUCGAUCCUGAGCACGUCCCUGCUGUACACAGAGGGCUACAUGAAUGCCUGGACGCGCGGCCUGCACACUCAGGGCUGGGUCACGGAGACGGCCCUGCUGGCCGCGGAUGAGUGGAGGGCUCUCUGGGACUUUGAGUAUCUGGAGGAUAAGAAGCACGGAUAGGUGGAGGGAGAUUGGUGUUUUCACACGGGCGUGCGUGUAUGUGCUCGUUUGUUUACGUGGAUACUGUGCAUAUGCACACACAAGGACCCACACUCUCUCACUCACAUAGAUAUGCAACAUAUUCUUUCUAUCUAUCUA